UAUUCGUGGUGGAAAGCAUUUAUUUAUUUACUUUUUAUUAAAUGUGAUAGCCUUCGGAUUUAAAAUAAGAUAUCAAUAAACAUGAUGGAAAGGAUGAAUCAAUGUGAAGAAGAUGCAGAGACGCUCACCUGAGUCCAGUGUUAAGAUCUGACGAGGAGAUGAUACCAGAUCCCUCAGCUGCAGCUGCAUCCAGGACCACAGAGCAAAAUAAGAACUCUCAAAAUGAGGCAAACUCCUCCGGGGCCGUCAAUCAAUCCGAGGACGAGUCGGGGAACGAGAACAGACAGAAGAGCGUGAGACGAAGAAAAAGACCACACGAGGGCUCAGAGAAUGUCAAGAGCAAAAGUGCCAAAGCCAGUCGCACCAGUGCUACCAGAGCUGGAGGCAGCCGCAGCAAACGGAGACAUGUGGAGGCCGUCACCCUGUUCGAGGUGCUCACCAUGGGCAGGAGUGCCAUGCAGGCGGUGGUUGAUGAUUGGAUCGAGGCUUACGGGACGGACAGAGACUCUUCUCUCCUCGAUCUCAUCAGCUUCUUCAUCCAAUGCUGUGGUUGCAAAGGUGUGGUCACAGCAGAGAUGUGUCAGAGCAAAGAGGACAGUGAAGUCAUGAGCAAGAUGGUGGAGGAGCUGGAUGAGGUUUCUGGUCUGCAGUAUAAGAAGUUCCUGGCCUUUCCGUGGAUCCUCACAGUCACGUGGCCCAUGGACACAGACAUUGUGGAGUAUCCUCUGAUACAACCCGGACCAUACGGCCGCUGGUUCCACUCCGAGUUCUGCGACUUUGUGUCGGUGCUUGUGGCCCGGUGUCAGCACAGCGUCAUAUUUGACAGUUAUCUGAUGAACACCCUCAUCUCUCUGCUCACUGAGCUGUCGGACUCCUAUGUACGGGCUUUCAGACACACCUGUGCUCUAGCAGCGGUGAAGCUGCUGAGCUCUCUGGCGGCCGUGGCUCUGAGCCUCAGUGUUGGCAUCGAAAACAGCCAGAAGCUGUACCAGGUGCAGAAGACGAAGACGAUGAGACAGAAAAGCACCCUGCAGCAGGAGAGAAUACAGAGGAAGAUCACAGAGCUGCAGGAGAAAAGGGCGGAGAUAGAGAUCAUGAUGGACGUCAUCUUCAAAGGGAUUUUUCUGAAAAGAUAUCGCGAUGUGCUUCCAGAAAUCCGCUCCAUCUGUAUGGAGGAGUUGGGUUUAUGGAUGAAGCUCUACAGUUCCGCAUUUCUCAACGACAGCUAUCUCAAAUACAUGGGCUGGAUGAUGCACGACAAGAUACCAGAUGUGCGUCUCAAGUGUGUGUUAGGCCUCCAGGGUUUGUAUGGCGAUCCUCCGCUCCUCCCUAAACUGGACCUGUUCACCAGCCGCUUCAAGGACCGGAUGAUCUCCAUGACCUUGGAUAAGGACAACGAAGUGGCAGUGCAGACCAUGAAACUGCUGCUCCUCAUCUCCAAAACAUCUGAUGAUGCGUUCAGUCCAGAGGACUACAAGCAGCUGCUCCAGUUCGUCUACUCUUCGCAGCGCCCUCUUGCUGCCGCUGCAGGGGAGCUUCUCUUCACACAGCUUCUUAACACUGAAGCCCCUGCGUCCGACACUCGGGAUGAAAUGAACGAAGAGGAGGCACAUGAACGACAAACAUCCGCCAGACUGAAGGCUCUGCUGCACUUCUACCAGGAGUCUGAGCUGCACAAGCAUGUGGUGUACCUGGUGGACAGUCUGUGGGACUGUGGUGGAGCCCUGCUGAAGGACUGGCCCACACUCACAUCUAUACUGCUGAAGGACCCGUCCUCACUAAGUCCAGGUCUUUCCCGGGCAGAACAAGCGGUGCUGGUAGAGAUCCUGGUAGCUUCAGUGCGUCAGGCCUCAGAGGGACCAGCGCUGGCAGGAAGGAGCGGCGCAAAGAAGGUAGUGAGUGCCAGGGAAAAGAAAAUCCAGAUUGAUGACUGUACUAAGCUCACUGAUCAUCUCCUCGUGGUGCUUCCUAAGCUACUGUCCAAGUUUUCAGGUAGUUGCGAAAUUGUUGCCUACCUAAUGAAGAUUCCUCAGUACUUCCACCCAGAGUGUCCUGCGGCCGACAACACACAGGCAGCGUCCGUCCUGAUGGCAGAGAUGGGAGCUGCUUUAGACCGACACUCGGGCCCCGACCUUCUGGAGGCUGCAGCCCGCACGUACCUCAGUCUGUGUGGGGAGGAGACGUCCUGGUGCUCCGUGGCCCGGACCGCCAGAGACUCCCUGGUCCGGUGCUGGGUGGACCACCUGAAAGCUCUGCUGGGGGACUCGCUCCAGGGUGACACUCCGCGUUUCUCUGCUGACGAGGAGAAAACUGCAGAAAUGUUAUCCACGCUGAAGAAACUCAGAGCUUUCCACAACUGUCACGACCUCCUCGAGUGGAACCUCUUUGAGCUGUUGUCUCCUCUCCUGUCGGCAGAGAGCGGCGAGGGAGGAGCCCCGCCUCAGGUGCUGCUGGAGGUCCUGCAGUGUCUGUCUUACUGCAUGCUCUGGUCUCUCAACACGAGUAGCGCAACUUUAAACUCCAGAGAGAAAGCUGUGUCCCAGAGACUCCAGCUGCGUCUCUUCUGUGAGAGGGGUAAUCACUGUCUCUCCCACUCCGACCCCAGCGUGCAGCAGCAGGCUUUCCUGGGUGUGUGUGACGUGCUGACGGCUCACUCCUACCAGCUACAGGUGUGGGAUCCCUCCUGCUUUGGCCCUCUGCUCUACACGCCCAGCCCCAAACUGCAGAGGGCGCUGCUGACCUUCGUCUGCACCCACGUCUUCGUCGGGCCAGACUGUGAUGGCCAGAGCUCUGUCGGCGAGGACUCUGAAGCGGAGAGGCUGGAGGAACUUCACAGACGAAGGAAUCUGCUCGCGGCCUUCUGCAAACUGAUAGUGCACAGGGUGCUGGAGAUGAGCAUGGCAGCUGAGGUCUUCAUGUACUACAUGAAGUACCACAACGACUUCGGUGACAUCAUCAAGGAGACGAUGUACAGGACCAGACAGAUGGAUAAGAUAGACAGCGCUCGCACUCUGGUGCUCUGUCUGCAGCAGCUGUUUGUCCGUCUGAAGCGAGAGCAGGACAGUGGCGGCAGGGCUCACCCGGGAGUCCAGACCUUCACCAGCAUCAAGGAGCUGGCCAGGCGGUUUGCCCUCACCUUCGGGGACCUCGUCAAGUUCCGCGAGUGCGUCGUUGUGAUCCACAGGAACGGCAUUGAGUUUGUGUUCCAGGAGUUCAGUCAGACCCCGGACACCCCUACGCCGCCGUACCUCUCCUACCUGACCAUCCUCGGCGAGUUCUCCAGCAAACUCCUCAAACCGGACAAGAAAAUAGUGUUCUCCUACCUGCAGAAGCACACCGCGGAGCACAUCAUCGACCUCAGGGAGGAGUGCUGGCAGCCGCUAAUCUACUACCGGGCGUCCCUGCUGGCUUUGGCUGAAGGGGAGGACGCCGUGUCCUACGUGAGCUCUGACAGGAAGCCGUACCUGCCCAGCCGCUCUCCCUUCUCCAAACAGAAACUAGAAGGAAGCAAGUCCCCCUGUCCGUUCAGCCCCGUCGACUCCAAAGUCAGCAAAGGUCAAAGGUCCAGCUUCAGUCCAAGCCACCAGGAGAAGACGACCGACGCAGAUCCCAUUUCUGUCCCUGCUGAACCUCCUGCGAGAAGGUUAAACUUCGAGGGAUCCGUCCUCAGCACCGGUAACGAGGCGGAGGACGACACGGUGGACGUUGAACUGUAACCAUGAGGAGGUUGGAGGAGAAUCUGAUGCUUCCGUCUGGACGGAAAAUAGUGCCCGACAUAUGCACUUUUAUUACUCCGAGUAAUAUUUGCUAAAAAGUGUUAACCUGUUUAAGGAAGUAUAUAUUUUUUUUAAUUUUUUUUUAAAAAGUAAACUAUAUAUUAGUUAUCAGUGUUUAAAGAUUUGACAUUUUCAGUCGAAACCAAUGGAAAUUGCUAUCAUGGGAUUUGUAAACCGAGCGAAAUAUAAAGAAUGCCGGACUCAAGUAUAUUUUAUUCACAGACCAGUCAUUUGAGGACCAAGUGAAUCAGUAUGUGUAAAGCUUUUCCCCCAUAUUUACCUCCAUACUGUACUUGAAUGUAACAUUAUUUCACACUCAUUAGAUCUGUCUAAUUGUCUUGUAGAAUUUUGCUUUAUUGUCCUGCCUGCCACUUUAUUAUUGCUCCUUAUAGGAUAUGGUUGAGUCAAAGUUUGCCAAAAACUACCUAUGUAUUGCUGUAAAUGUAUUUAAAUAAAAUAAA